AGUGGCGUGGAGACCGCGCGUGGCGGGCCGCAUGCCAUGCCCAGGCGCGCCAGGCGGGGGUCGUGCGUUUGCGGCGCCGCCCCGCCCGCGCCGUGGACGGCGGCUGCUGGCGUGGCCACCCUCCUGGCAGCUCCUCCCCGGGCCGAGCGCGGCCCCGCUGGCCGGGCGCCCGGGUCCGCGGGCGCCGCCGCGCGGGCCCCCCGCCGCGCCUCCGCGGCCGGGGCCGCCCGCGGAGGGGGCCGGGCCGGCGGCCGAGGUGGAGGGCGUGGCGGUGUCUGGCUACGACUACAUGGGUCGUGGAGAGUGUGCCACCGACGAGAAGAAGCUAUUCGACCAGUGGAGCGGGGGCCCCGUUGACCUCAGAGACUGCGCGGGCAUGUGCACAGGGGUGUCCGAGUGUAUCGGGUUCGAGGUGAAGGAGGCACACAAGAGUUGCGUCUUGCGGUUCAGCGACGGCACCCUGCCAGUCGACAGCCCCUAUCCAGCCGUCCUGAAGGGACGCUGGGAUGGCCACAACGGAGUAGCGCCCAUAACGCUCGCGUGGGACGGCACCAUGGAGCAGCGACAGGCCGUGUUCCUGGACCUGAGAUGCUACCGCAAGCAGGGCGGGCCGAGGUGACAGCCUCUUGUGCGGCUCGUGACGUGGCUGGACGUCGCAGCCCGCGGGCGGAAGGUGCACCCAGGCGCCCAGGAGGCCCGAGCGUGCCAGGUGCGGCACGCGCGCCAGCCCUGCCACGCGCUCCCGCCGCGCCGGCUGCGGGGAACCAGCGUCGUCCAGCAGCUGGCGUGCGGGGGCCUGAAUGCGCGGCGCCUGUACGACUCGGGAGGCGACGCUGAGCCGCCCUGACCUGCUGGAGGCGCGCGGCCUGGGCCUGGGGAGAGCCGCGGCAUCCCCGCGAGCGCGCAGGCAGCGGGGAA